AUGGCGGCUCACACCUCCGCCUGGAUGGUAGCCGCAGCUGUCGCUUUAGGCGGCGGACUGAUCCUAGUUACUCGCCGGCUAAUGAGUUCCAGCGCGCGAGCUGUUUCUUCCGGGCUGAUGCGGGGUAAGACGGUGAUCAUUACGGGGGCCAAUAGCGGCAUAGGCCGAGCAACUGCGGCGGAACUGCUGAAGCAACAGGCUAGGGUGAUCUUGGCAUGCAGGGACGUAGGCCGGGCUGAGGAGGCGGCUCAGGACCUGCGCCUGGAGACUGAGGGCAAAGGGGAAAUAGUCAUCAAGCAGCUGGAUCUGAACUCUCUGCGAUCUGUCAGUCGCUUCUGUCAGGAAAUACUGAAGGAAGAGCCUCGACUGGAUGUUCUCAUCAAUAACGCGGGGGUUUUUCAGUGUCCAUACACGAAAACAGAAGAUGGAUUCGAAAUGCAGUUCGGUGUCAACCACUUGGGGCAUUUUCUCCUCACCCACCUUCUCAUCGGUCUUCUGAAAAACUCCGCUCCGAGCCGGAUUGUCGUCGUCUCCUCCAAACUUUAUAAAUACGGCGAAAUCAACUUCGACGACCUAAGCAGCGAGAAGAGUUACAGCAAAAGCUUUGCCUAUAGCCGCAGCAAACUGGCCAACAUCUUGUUCACCAGAGAACUUUCCCGGCGCUUGGAAGGAACUGGAGUCACCGUCAAUGUUCUCCAUCCUGGAAUUGUCAGAACUAACCUAGGGAGAUACAUUAAUAUUCCGUUCGUGAUAAAGCCCCUGUUUAAUGUGGUGUCCUGGGCGUUCUUUAAAUCCCCUUUGGAAGGGGCUCAGACAUCUGUGUAUUUGGCAUCAUCUCCAGAAGUAGAGGGAGUAUCUGGGAAGUACUUCGGUGAUUGCAAAGAGGAAGAGCUGUUGCCAAAGGCAAUGGAUGAUUUAGUGGCUCGAAAACUCUGGGAUAUCAGCGAAAUUAUGGUUGGACUUAUUAAAUAAACUUUGGAAAUUAUUUAAAAUAAAAUAUGCCGGCCAUAGAGAAAUAAGGAUACAAUUAAUUGGACGUGUCAAUUAAUCUGCCUAAUUAGAAAAAAAAAAAAAGUAGAAAAUAAGA